UGCCCCCUUCGGCAGCGUGCAUCAAUCAUCCACUGUUUCUAACUUGUCCUUGUUCUUUUGUUUCCAACCUGGGCCUUUCCCGGACCGCUCGCACCGAUGAUGAAUAAUCGUACUUCACGGCGUGCCAGUAAUCGUUGUGCUGGCCAUGCUUGGCUCGAUCGGAACGACCAUGAUCCUUCUGGCGUGUGCCCUUCCGACGUACAACGUGUGGUGGCCAUUAUUUGUGGUAAUCUUCUACAUACUAUGCCCAGUGCCGACGAUGAUUGCGAAAAGAAUCCAGGAUGGAGAUGACGGCGUUCGCCCAAAUAAUGCAAUGUUUGCUACAAUUGGAAUCGUCUUGAGCAGCUUCGCCUUGCCCAUCGUUCUGGCCCGUGCUGGAGUGAUUCAAUGGGGUGCUGGUAUCCUCACACUGGCCGGUAAUGCCGUAGCAUACACAUCGCUUUUGGCGUAUCACUUUGGUUUCGAAUCCGGUGAUCCGAGCAUGUGGUGAAGUGGAACCCCCUGAAGGCAUUCGCAUUCGUUACUCGUCAGUUUCCAUCGGCAUCCAUUCAUACCGGACUCUUAAAUUCAUUGCCUGAUAUGUUUCGUAAAGCACCUAUGUAUACAUGCAGCACGAAGGGUCUGAUUUAAUUUAUAAGGCACUUUCACGUUUUCUUUUCUUCCGGUAUGAAUCGAAUAGAACGGGUUUUAUCUUUUAAAACCAACCAACACACUAGCGUUAUUUUAUACAUAUUACUCAAUUCAUACAGAAUAAAAAUGUGAUGAUCAGAAA